UUUCACAUUCGGGUUUGAAAAGAUGUCGCUGAAUCGGGGUAUCGGUAGUGCCGAGUACAUGAAGAAAAAGAUACCGACAAACGCGAAGUAUGAACACGUCAAAACUAAGCUGGACACAGGAUGCAGUCUUACAAAGUUGUUGGAGAAACAGGAGGAGGAUAAAAAAUAUUGCAGGUACCGAAAAGAUGAUAUCUUCAAACGGUUAAAAGUGACGACGUUUGCACAAUUGAUACUUCAGGUAUCCUCUGUUUCCGAACUGAAUGAGAGUAAUGGCGAACCACAUGGUCCAGAAGAUGGUCUGUCUGUGGUGUCUGAUACGGACCUGGAGUGUCUGUCUGAUCGCACGCCCAGCUCCCCACAGAUGUCUCCCCUCUCAGAUCAUCAUGAAGCAGGAGACAAGGAAAUCUCUUCUGCCAGGUCAACACUUCUGAGUGUUAUCAGCGGUGUGGGAGAGCUGAAUGUCGACAGGAACAAUCAGAAGAUGGAAAACGAGCUGGCGUCCACCCCUGAGCCUGCUGACAGGCCCUACCCCGACUGCCCCUACCUGCUGCUGGACGUGCGGGACCGUGAGCAGUACGACAGCUGCCACAUCAUCGGAGCGCACAGUUUUCCAGUUGCCAUGUUGACUCGAACAAUGAACCCGUACACCAAAGAAGUGCUGGAAUACAAAAAUGCAGCAGGGAAAAUCAUCAUUGUUUAUGAUGAGGAUGAGAGAAUAGCCAGCCAGGCAGCUAACACCAUGUGCCAACGGGGAUUUGAGAAUGUGUUUAUGCUCUGUGGAGGUCUUAAGAUAAUCGCUCAUAAAUUUCCGAGUGGAAUGACGACGGGCUCCUUUCCGGCCUCCUGCCUGCCCAGCACCACAUCAGCUAAAGGGAAGAAAAGCUCUGCGGCACAACAUCCAGCAGAGAAGAGGUGGCGGUUUACUUCAGAUGAGCUGGCCAAGAUCCAGGAGCAGAUGGAGGAAAUACUCAUCCCCAGUAACUCCAGCAGUCGCAUGACCAGCCGCAUGUCAACCAGCAGCUCUCAGUCUAAAGCGUCCAGUCGUCAGAGUUCCUCGGCAGCUCGGAGAGACGGCGCCAGGGUUCAGAGCAGCAGGGCCUGGAAAUAGCCUCAACCCUCCUUCAACCACACAAAUGCACACAAAUAUACCUCCAGCAUAAGGUCCAUUUGUUUCAGGUGACUUCCGUCCGGCUCCUUUGUGUAAAGAAAACACAACUGCAGUCUGCAAAACACAUCCAAAGGUGGACAAGAAAGACCAGAACUACUUUGUUGUAGUUUAACUACUAUUUACUCGUUGGUGUUUCUCACCAUCUUUUACCCUCAGAAUGUCCUCUGAUUGUUUAAAGUGGCUUCUCAAAAUUCGUUUUUCAGUUCUGGAAAUCGUACACACCUUGGGACAGUGAUUAGCACGACAACAACUACCUGUAUAUUUAAACCUUAAUUAAGACCUGACAUCUGGACAACAGUGUGAAAAGUCCUGAAGAAAAAAACAUUCACUUAUGGAGCUUUAUGUCACAAAGAAGUAUUUUCCUCUUGCUGUCCUUUUUAUCGUCUUGACCAGUGACGUACACUUUGCACCGUGCCUCGUCUGUGAACCUGAGAACUGAUGGCUCCUUUUGCACUCAGUAGUUCUUGUAACGCUAUUGUCUAAUUUUUUUUUUUAUCAUCUGACAAAUCUGCACAGAUAAUAAUUUCUGUUGAUGCUCCGGUCAGAUUUGGCAUUCCUAAAAAUCACUGAAUUGUAUUUCGGGAGACAGAGUAACGGAAUGUUAAUGACAUGAAGGAUGUGCUGAGAAUCUGUGUAAUACAUGAGGUGGAAUGUUGUGUACAGAUGCUGUUACAGAGCUUUUUGUUCAGAAAAAUUUUGCUGUAUUUUUGUAAGAUGUGUGACACUGUCAUGACGGUAUACCAGCAGCCUUCAGGUGCAAGUUUUGCAUCUGCUCUUUUAGUCUGUGUGCUUUUUGUCCAAAGUACUGUAAGCUGUUCACACUGACUGACGAGUUGAGGCCUUUAUACAGAAAUGCAUGCACAGAACACAAUCACAGUGUCACUAGAAGAGAGAAAUGGACAACUAUAACAAAAUCACAAGCAGCGUUCAUUUCCUACACAUAUAUCUGAAGAGCAGUAUUGCUGAUUCGUGGCCUUCUGUUUUGUUGGCUUGAUAGUGACGUCUUGCAUGUGCUUUCUCUGACAACGUUCCCACAGCUUCCGGUGAAGUGCACUUCUCUACAGCCUUACUGUGUCGUGAGUUUUCACCAUCAGUCUUAACAUCAAUUUGCUUGUAAAUUAAUGUUAAAGUGUUUGCUGUAUCAGAAUGGAUGAAGUGAUUAAACUGUUGUUGAAUUUG